AUUGUGUAUGGAGAUAUUGCAAAGUAUAAUUUGCCCACUCGAUCCCCCCCUAUCCAGCACUAGAGGGCCCUGCUGGGUAGCUCUUAUGUGUGAACGCACCUGUGAAUGUAGUUUGUUCGCGGCCUGCGUGGGUAUGAAGCACCGGGCUCGCCUAGAUGACUCUGCCGGGAUCGAGCGCCUCUUCCUGGGCCACUGAGUCCAUCGUACACAAUGCAAGCGAAAGAAGCUGCUGUGGGGAGUGCAACAGCCACUGCACAAUGUGGCAAACAAGAUGAAAGGCUUCAUGAGACCCGGCUGUACAUGGAAGUGGCAGACAGCCUUAUGCCGAUCGUUUACACAUCCGACUACAACAUCACCUUCAUGGGGCUGGAGAAGAUGCAUCCGUUUGAUGCAGGAAAGUGGGGCAAGGUCGUGCAGUAUUUGAAAGAGGCAAACAUGAUCACGGAUGAUGUGCUGGUGAAACCGCGGGAGGCGGAGGAGAAGGAUCUACUCGUGGCUCACACCCAGCGCUACCUCAACAGCCUCAAGUGGUCCAUCACGGUGGCCAGGAUAACGGAGGUCCCUUGCGUCGCGGCACUGCCCAACGUGUUGGUGCGGCGCAGCGUACUGAGGCCCUUCCUGCUGCAGACGGGCGGCACUGUCCUGGCAGGAAAGCUGGCGAUGGAGAGAGGCUGGGCUUUCAACAUCGGCGGCGGUUUUCACCACUGCUCCGGGGAUAACGGUGGAGGCUUUUGUGUCUACGCCGACAUUACCUUGUGCAUCAAGUUCCUCUUUGACCGUGUGGACGGCGUUGCCAGAGCCAUGAUUGUUGAUCUGGAUGCCCAUCAGGGCAACGGACACGAGCGGGACUUCAUGGGCGACAGCCGCGUGUACAUCAUGGACGUGUACAACCAGCACAUCUACCCGCACGACUCGGCCGCCAAACGCGGCAUCCGCUGUUGCGUGGAGCUCGACUGCGGCACGCAGGACGCCGAGUACCUGCAGAAGGUGCGCACGGCGCUGGAGCGCUCGCUCCGAGAGUUCACGCCCGACGUCAUCGUCUACAACGCCGGCACCGACGUGCUGGAGGGGGACCGCCUGGGCGCUCUGUCCAUCACUCCACAGGGAAUCAUCGAGCGCGACCAGCUGGUGUUCACGGCCGCACGCAGCCGCGGCAUCCCCAUUGUCAUGGUGACGUCGGGCGGCUACAUGAGGCAGACGGCAAGAAUUAUCGCCGACUCUAUCCUGAACCUCCGGCAGAACAAGCUCCUCGGCUAGGGUCCAGACUUCGAGACUUCGAGACUUCGCGGCCCUGCUCGGACACUGGCUGCCAACCUGAAUUUGCAUGAUGUUAAUUUUUUGAAAAUACAAAAUGGUGUAUAUUGUCGAUGAUGAGUUUGUAAAAAGUUAAAAAAAUAUAUAUGGAUAAAUGUUUGUAUAUUUUGCCAAUUGGUAUGUCCAUUGGUAGAGAUUAUUUAAUAAUUUUGGGUCUAACACUUGUGCUGAGUGGUAUAAUUGUAACGGGUCCAUCAGCUGGCGGCCCAGAGGCCACGUGACACACAAAGGCUCUUGGGAGUGUUCCGCUGAACUAUGGCCUGCUGAGACAUAUGGUUCACAGAGACGUAAAGAGAUGCGGAUUAAAAAGAUGAAAAUGAACAAGGGAGAGAUGAGAUAUCUGGAGACGAGAGGUACAGACAGUAGUCGUCACAUUGACAUCGUGUGGCCUGCCAGCAUGCCAAGUUUUGAAGAAUCCUGAUCUCUCAUGUAGGUAUAAAUGGGACACUUUAGAAAUGGGUAAGGAUACUGGGGGGACGCAGAGUGCUGUGUCUGUUCUUGGUUAUAGAAUAAGAAUAUACUGGAGGAGUCCGAUGAGCUAGGAAGCUCUUAGUUCACAGAUGUCCAGUACUCGGUUGAGAUGAAAAGGAUUCAAACGCUGAAGCCGGCAUUCACAUUUUGCAAAGUCCACCUUCGCGGAAUCCUCUAAUCAUGUCUCUCAUCAUGUUUGUUUUGGGAACAUUGCAAUGUGUGGUGACUACAUUUUCUUUAUCGCUGUGAUUGAGGCAAGUCACGACUCACCGCCCCACACCCCAUCCAGGCGAUGCGUUAAAUCGUCGCAAUUCAAGAUCACAAUUAGGUGAAAGAAAAUGUUUGUCUCUUCUUUUUUUUUACACCAUGUUGAUGGUGUUCUAAUUCUGUCUUGUGCAGUUUUGUUUGAUCGUUAGCUUAUAUGUGACGUGAUUUCAUGAAUUGUUAAUGGGCUGAUGCACUAAAAAAUUAUAUUUACAUGUGGAGAGACAGAAGGGAGUUCUGCUUAUAUUUGCUUUUAACCAUGAUGCUCUAUGGCAACGCAUUGAGUUUGCGUACUGUAUUUCUUUUUUUGCGUUAAACAGGCUCCCAUGGUUUACAUGGAGUGCUCUCGUCAAUUACAUCUGGUAUUCCAGCAGCGUUUGUUUAACAAGACUCUGCUGUUGAGACCCAGAAUGUCAAAACCAGUCCAUGGGUUUCUUGUAUAAACAAAUGCUGCUUAAAAAUGUUCUUCAGUUUGCUGAUGGACUCAAGAAUAUUGUACGAUGCGAGGCACAGAAUGGGGGUUUCUGCUUAUCAUUUUUAUUUAUACGUCGUAAAUAAUCCACUCCGACCAGUGCCGGAUGACGCUAGUGCGGGGCCUGUAGCAUCUAACCUAUAAAAGGCAUUUUUUGUCUGUCUGUCCCUCUGUCUGCGUACGCUCGCUUGCGGGGGAUUUGGCUCUCAGACCGCGGGGUUUAGGCCGAAAAUUUUUUGCCGGGCGACACGCCCCGGGGCCCGCGGUGGGAAUAGGCCAUUUCGUUUUCCCAUCCCUAAACUUGAAAGUGGUUAAAAUCGGGUUCUGGCGCGAAUCGCAUUUAUUUAUUUAUUUACUUUUGCCGAGCGGCUCGCUGCUGCGCAUGCCAGAAACGCCGACACGCGUUGCCCCUGGCAACGCACAGACGCCGUCGCUGCAGGGAGGACGCCAUAUCUCAUUCGCGUUCAAAACGCUGACAAACCCGGUGGCAUUGGCAUGAUACGAGCCAAUGCUAGCGAACUCGGGGGGGUGAUUGUGCCCUGAUGCUGACUUGAUUGAGGGCGAUGUUGGCACGUAAAAUAAAGAUUGAUUGAUUGAAA